AUGGGUCCCCGGGCAAUCAUAACCUCAACGAUCUUCAGCUCGGAGCCGAGUAGAGGCCUUGACGAAGCACACAGCGCCCGUCGCCCUCCAAAGCGGGCGCCGAGUCUCCUCUCGGCAUCCGACCGGGACCUGCUCGGCUGGAUCAACAACAAGAUCCGGGCCCGCACCACGCAGCGCCUGUUGCCCUCCAAAGCGGGUGCCAAGUCUCCCGAAGAGACCUCGGCAUCUGACCGGGACCUGCUCAGCUGGAUCAACAACAAGAUCCGGCGUCAGUCGCCCUCCAAAGCGGGCGCCGAGUCUUGCCCACCUAACGUCGUGGUGGUGUGUGCAGCCAAAGAGCUCUCGGAAUCCGACCGGGACCUGCUUGGCUGGAUCAACAACAAGAUCAGGGCCUGCAAGUUGGCCACUGCCUCGGACUUCUCAGGCUCCAUCCGCAACGGCCACGCGCUCGUCCGGCUCAUCGAGGCCCUCACUAUGGCCGACUCCGGCCUCUCCAUCAGGGACUUCCUUGGCGCCUCCCAUCUCACUCAGCUCGACCUCCAUCGCCCUGCUGGCCCGGAUACGCCAGAUAGCAAGCAAGGCUUGUUGAACUUCUUCUUCAGCCACAAACCUGCCAACCAAUGA